ACGACCUCAUUGUUGAAUAAUGGCGGCCUAAAAUCAUACGCUUGUGUAUCGUUGAAGUGUAAAGGAGUGUUAUUUUUUAUGAUUAUUAAAUAUCGUUUUAUUAAAGAACCGCAAAGAUGACUGUCAGUUUAGAAGAAUAUUUCCGAACAACGUUUGAGGAUAAACUCCUCGUGAAGAUGCCAGAGCGGGAGGAUGACCAUCUUACACCAGCCACCCGUCUUCUGGAGAAACGAAGAGAAAUGGCCGAAGUUGAGCAGGCUUUGGCAGCCCAGAAAGAGGAAUUUCAAAUGAAAAUGGAAAGUUUACAACAGAGAAGAGAAGAAUUAGAAAGAAAGGAAUAUCAGUUGAAGGAAUCACUGCUCAAGUUUGAUAAAUUUCUGAAGGAAAAUGAUUCUAAACGAGCCCGUGCUGUGAAAAAGACAAAUGAUGAAAAAGAUAUGAGAAAGCAAAAGGAUACAGAAAUAUCAAAGUUAAAAGAGGAAACAGAAAAAUUUUUGAAAUCAAAAGAUAAAUUACAGAAAAAAUUAGAAGCUUAUACAAUCUAUCAUGAAUAUAUGGAGAAAUGUUUAGAAGCUGGUGAAGAAUUUCAUGAAAUGCGUGAUAUAAUAGCUAGAUAUGAUACUCUCACUGCAACUCACAUGGAUUUAGUGGAACGAGAGCAGAAAAAUCAGGAUGUUAUUGAAAACCAAAGACAAGAAUUAAUGAAAUAUAUUGAAACAAAAGACAAUCAGAUCCUAAGUCAAAAUAAUCAGUUAUCUGGUCUCCAAACACGUCUAGAUAAAGCACAGAGUGAAGCUGUUAAAUGGGAAUCAAAAUGGACUCAUAUCAAAAAUACUGCUGCUAAGAAAACAUUAUUAUUAGGCAGGAUAAAGAUGGCAACACAUAAUUUACAUCAAUUGGUGAAGAAACAUCAAAAACAGCCCCCUACAGAUCAAGUUGAAGAAACAUCAGAACAAUUAAAUCAGAUAUUUGUGUUUGUAAGAGAUCUAACUGAUAUUGUUAUUGAGCUACGGAAGAGUCAUCCAUCCCAUCUCUCAUAUUUUGCACCUUCAUCAAGCUAUUAACUAACCACAACAAUUCAUUUAUGUACAUCUUACAAAAAUGAGUGUUUUAUUUUUUUAAUUUAUUGAAUGAAUUGUUUUAUUUCACCAUUGCUGACUGUUUGACUUUCUCGCGUUUUCAGAUUGAGGUAUUUGUCAAAGAUCUUGCUCAGAUUACGAACGAUAUCAAGAAAAUGGAAUCCUCCAGUGCCUCGUAUAUUCCUCCUUCAUCUAGUUAAGGACAAGUUAAAUUUGUUAAAUUAUAUUGAAUGUUUUAUAAUAAAAUACUGUAGAUAUGUAAAUCUGGAUAAGUUUUGGUAAUGUGAAAUAAAAUAUAUAUAAAGUCUU